AUGACCUAUUUCUAGCUACUCAACUGUAUGGCUGAGUGUCCUUUAAAAUCUUCAGUUUCAUAGGAAGAAGCAAAGGCAUUUUUGGAGCUUUCCAUAGAUGACAGAUUUUUUAAGGGGUAACAUUUGUUGGAAGGUGAAAAAGACACUGAGUGGAUUUAUUGCUGUGGGCCGUUCACUCUGAAUUUUGACCAGAGGAAGAAGCAAAUUUGGCUUGUUCACAUAAUAUCAAGACAUGUUGAAAGUCCUGAAGAUCGCUUGUUUACUUUUUAUGUGUGCAAUGGUAGGAUUUGUCAUGAAAACAGUCAGCAGAUCACAUCAAAAAGAAAUUUAUAUGAGUGAUUCAUCUGAUAUGCCUGUUCAUCCCCCAAAUGGCAUUAACAUAAAUCUCACAAAUAUACUCAGUGGUGGAAAUGGAAUCCUUUUUUUAGAAACAACAGACAGAAUGGAACCACCAUCCUUGGUCUUAUGUGCAAUUGAAUCAGCAGCUCGAGUGUAUCAUGAUCGACCAAUACUCUACUUUAUGAAGGGGCUGCAUGAUAUAGAAACAGAUGAAGAUAUGAACAGAACCAGGAAUCUUUUUCCGGCUCUCUCGUCUUUUGAUAAUGUCCAUAUACUGCCUCUGAGAUUUGAGGAAUUGUUUAAUAAUACACCUCUUCAAUCAUGGUAUGAAAAGGUAAACCCCGCAAAAGAAAUCUACUGGACUCAUGUUAAAUCGGACGCAUGCAGAUUUGCAAUGAUGUGGAAGUAUGGAGGCAUUUACAUGGAUACUGAUGUCAUUUCAAUCAAACCCAUUCCUGAAGACCAUUUUCUAGCAGCACAAUCCUUCAUAGAAACCAGCAGUAGUGUAUUUGGUUUAUCUCCACAUCAUAAAUUAACAUGGGAGUUUAUGGAAAACUUUGUCCAAAAUUAUAGAGGAGGAAUAUGGGGACACCAAGGACCAGGAGUUUUCUCACGUGUAGUGGCCAAAUAUUGUGGAGUUCCUCAGUUCAAAUCUGUGGAUCAUGUUGAUUGUGCGAAUGUUUCCUACUUUCACCCUGAACGCUUCUACCCCAUUCCGUACCAAUCUUGGAGAGACUACUUUAAGGUUUGGAAAGAUUUGCGAACUUUCAAUAAUUCUUAUGCUCUUCACCUCUGGAACUACAUGAAUAACGAAGGAAAGUUCAUGACGAUUGGAAGUAACACACUAGUAGAACAUCUUUAUCAACAAUUCUGCCCUUCCACUUAUGGAGCAGUCUAAGGCAGUGGCGUAACUAGAACUGACUGGGCCCCAAAGCAAAUUU